UCUUGGUUUGGACGAGGGCUUGAACCUCGUGGAGAGGUGGAGAUGACGCGAAGCGAGCGGAUCCGUGUCUGGGGCACACUCACUCACUCACUCACUCACUCACUCACUCACUCACUCACACAUACACACACACACACACACACACACACACACACACACACACACACACACACACACACACACACACACACACACACACACACAGCAUGUUCUCGCAAUCUAUACCAAAUCGUAACUCGCUACCACUGCGGAGACACGCAGGAGAGAAGGACCACGUGUUGAUUGCGUUUGCUAAACUGCCGGAAUGCAAGGGGCGUACUCCGCCGUUCUUUCGGGGCGUACUCCGCCGUUCUUUCGUUUGGCGUUGGGCAUUUUGUGGUCCUGCGAUCAGUCCACCUUGUCGAUCGACUUGGCCCCUUCGGUGGACGCGGGCGCAUCUGCAUCCGCACCUUCAUCGUCGCCCCCGUCAUCGUCGUCGUCGUCGUCGUCGCCAGCACCAAAGUCUGGCAUGCCUCCAGCGCCUCCGCCUUGCUGCAUUUGCGCCAUGAGAGCUAUCGCGGUGCGGCAGCACGUCAGCUUUAGUGCACGCCGGCCCUGGUCCUUUUUGGGCAUAUUUUACGCACCUUGGAGGUCCAUGCCGCCCAUUCCGCCAUCUCCACCUCCCAUGCCUCCCAUUCCUCCCAUACCAGGCAUGCCGCCCAUGCCACCCAUGCCCCCCAUCAUGGAAGGGUCUAAUCCGCCCAUACCUCCAGCUCCGCCCAGCGCAUCGAGGUCCUCUCCACCAUCCUGCUCAUCCUCGUCGACCCACUGAAGCGCGAUGCAAGAAACACUUCGUGUGAGCAUGUGUGCGCUGGGCGUGCGAGCGCAACGUGUUCCUCGCAUUUCUAGCAUGGCAUUCAUUCAGCUA